AUGGCUAAUCCUCAGAAAUCGUACCAGCAUAUCGAGCAUGCCUCGACGUGUCCAUGCGCGACCAACGCGCAAGAUGAUUGCAACUGUUUCUUCUCUGCGCUUUCCAAAACAUCCAUCUUCCAGGCUGCUAGCCUUGAAGGGCCAGGCGGCGUAGAUGGGCAGCUCGAUGAGAUUGCUCAAACUCACAUCCAUGAUUUCGUGGUGCAGAAGUGGAGCCAGCGUGGCGACCCACCGCAUGAGCCACCAUCACAGCUCUACGAGCCCCUUGGAGAAGGCGAAAUCCGCGUCUUGGAGCUGCAUCCUGGAGAGCCUGGAAGUCCGCUGCGAGGCACUUUACAUAUCGUCAGCAUCGACUUUUCGCACCCUGCACGAGAGGAGCAAUAUACACAGCCCUUCGACAACCCAGCAAACACCAGUAGAAGAACUUUGACUUACACUCGACACACCAAUCAUGCUGUUUCACUCACUACAGGCAAGCCGGUCUGGUACACUGCACUCAGCUAUGUCUGGGGCCCACCCAUCUUCGAAGAUACCAUAUCUUUCGAACAUGGCCAGUUGAACAUCUCCGCAAGUCUGGCGGGAGCUUUGGACCACUUGAGAUCGACCGAGCAUAGCGUUGUCUUGUGGACAGAUCAAAUCUGCAUCAAUCAGCCCGACAUUGCGGAGAAGGUGCAGCAGAUCCCGUUGAUGGGCUUGGUCUACACACAUGCUACAAACACUCUCAUAUGGCUCGGUGAUGACGGUGAAGAGGACUCGGCUCUUGCGUUCGAUCUGAUGGAGACUAUUUUUGUGCGGUUACAAGGGACGGAUGCGCAAGUGACGCCAGCGGACUUUGAGAGGCUGGAUUUUCCACCUAGCCUUGAUCGAGCGUGGUGGGCUGUUCGUCAAGUCCUGCGCCGCCCCUGGUUCGGCAGAUUGUGGACCAUCCAGGAAGCUGUGCUUUCGAGACACCUAUUCGUGAAAUGCGGCAAGGUUGAGGUGUGCUGGGACGACUUUGCUGCGUGGUGUCAUGAUCUGGCAGAAACGCAUGUGCUCAGCUGGCUGACUGGUAACGCUGAGCUGGAUGAGAAGUACAACACGAAAGCAGAUGUCAAAGCAUUGCCGCCGCAUGGUGCUGAUGUGGUGAACUCUGUUCAGGCAGAGCGCGUACAUGGCCUGACAAUCGUCACGAAAGAAGCAUUGCUAACCAUUCUGGUCUCUACACGUUAUGCGCAAGCGACAAACCCCAAGGACAAGAUCUAUGGUGUACUGGGUAUAGCAGAUGCCAAUAUCGUACCCGACUACAAUCCCGAAGUUUCUGCGAGAGCAGUCUAUCACGAAGCCUGUUUAACGGAAAUACCUGAUCGCGUGUACGAAUUGCUGAGCUGCGUCGAUCAUGAACACCCGCUUCAACCGUCGUGGGUCCCAGACUGGAGCACCCCACGCGUAACGGACGUACUUGGCUAUUCGACAAGAUCUUGGGCUGUAUACUGCGCGGGUGGCAGGCCCGUCACAGGCGCGCAGCCACCCAAGGCUGUUGUGAGCGAGGAUAAGCAAGAGAUCACACUGAGCGGCAAAGCAUUCGACACCAUCGCUAUCCUAGGCAGUGUUAGCGAAGAACCAUUUCUGGACAUCGACGAUCCGCAACGGGUCAAUCGUGAUCUAGCAUCCUACGCUGAGCUUGUCAUGGGCGCUGGUCGAACACACACAUACCUUUUACAAGGUAGUUCAACCUAUGACGCUUUUCUACACACGCUACUGGCAGGACGCGAUGGCUCUGGCGUGGCACCACCUGAUGCGGAUCACAGCGAGGUAUUUGGGCUCAUCCUCGAUGCCACGACAGGUAGGUCCCUUUGCCUACCUGGUCAGACUAUGAGCCAGCGGCGACAGAAGGGUCACUUCAACCUCGACAGUCUCAAGACCAGGAAGCCGGCAAAGACCCUGGCAGACUUGCAAACGGCGUACCGGGCCGCGUUGAAGAUGCGCCGUUUUGCUGUAACCGAGAAGGGCUACUUUGCAUUGGUGCCGAGGGGUGCGCAAGUCGGUGAUGAGCUCGCUGUCUUCGAUAGGGCAUGUGUGCCUUUCGUGAUCAGAAAGCAGCAAGUCGAACGAGUUGCCGAGAAAUUUGAGCUGCUUGGUGAAGCUUACGUCCAUGGCAUUAUGAAGGGCGAAGAGAUGGCCAAGGAAGACAUUGUGCUUCAAGAGAUCACGCUUGCUUGA